GAAUAGAGAUAAGAGAACAGCUUGUAUUGGUACAAAUAAAAAUAAAAGAAUGGGUUAUAUUGGUGCGAAUAGAGGUAGAAGAACGGGUUGUAUUAGCAUGAAUAAAAAAACAGAUUGUAAUGGUAGAAAAAUGAGUUGUAUUGGUAGAAGAACAAGUUGUAUUGAAAAAGAAUAUAAUGAAAUUAUAGAUCAAAUAGAAGGCGAGUCUUUUGUUCGAGCAGAAGAAGUAUUUCUUGAAAUAAGCGCAUUCAGACUAUUACGAGAUAGUAGUUGGCUAUCUUUACCAGAAGAUUUAGAUAAGCCACAGCUCGGUUUAAUUAAUCCGCAAAAUUUCAAAGACAAUGAAUGCUUUAGAGAUUGUGUUAAUAUACACCAUGCAAGAGAAGAUGCACUAAAAGCAGGACAAAAACCUACACAUCUUGAACGUGUAAGCAAGAUUAGACGAUAUGGUAAUAUAGCUAAUUUUGAAGGCAUAAAUUUUCCAGCAACACUACAUGAUGUUGAUAAAUUCGAGGAAAAUAACCCAAACUAUGCUAUAAAUAUAUUUAGGCCAGUGUAUAAAGAAAUGUUCAGAAAAAUAAAAGUAAAUAUAGACCCAUUACAUAUCUCUGAAAGAAAUUAUCAAGUCGAAUAUAUAUUAGAUUUAUUAUAUUUAACAGAAGGUGAAGAGAAUUUAAAUGACCGAAAAAAUACAAAUGAUAUACUAGAAGGAUUAAAAACGCAUUACAUAUUUAUAACAGAUUUUACUCGAUUAAUGCAUUUAUUAGAAAGACAUAUUCCAACAUGUCCAGGACCAAGUAAAGCACCACAACGAUUAAUCCUUCCUGAAGAGGUCAAAAACUAUGUGAAACCCAAGUAUUUCAAAAACAUACUAAAGAAACCUUAUUUAAUUACUAUGGAUCUUGAAGCAGAAGAAAUCGAAGUAGAGAAAACAGAUAAUGAAGAAAAUACUAUAAAAUUAGCAAAGCAAAAGGCAAUUUCAUAUGGAUAUACAAUACAUUGUUCAGAUGGGACUACACAAAAACCAGUAAUUAAUCGAGAAUCAGAGAAUAUAAUAAAAGACUUAAUGGAAAACCUUCAAGAAGAUCUAGAAGUUAUUUUAAAUAAGCUUCGUGAAAUAGUUCCAUGUGAAAAAAUGACACCUGAAUUAUGGCAAAAAUAUCAAACUGCAAACAAAUGUUGGAUAUGUGAAGAAAAAUUACAUGAAGCUGGAUAUAAUAAAAUUCGUGUAUUCGAUACUAAAACCAAAAAAUAUUUGGGUGCUUCACAUAGAAAAUAUCACGAGAAAAAAUCAAUGAUUCAAGACGAGGAAAAAAACAGAGUGAUAGAUCAUGAUCAUAUUACAGGAAAGUUUAGAGGUUCUGCUCAUAGUGGAUGUAAUAUAAAAUUACGAAUCAAUCCAGAAACAAUAAAAAUUCUGAUAUUAUUCUGUAAUGGAAGUGGCUAUGAUUUUUAUCAUCUAAUGCAAGAAAUAGCAAAAGUGACAGAUGAAAAAAUAGUGCCUAUAGCAAAUAAUUCUGAGCAAUAUAUUACCUUUUCAGUUGGCCAGCUUCAAUUUAUUGAUAGUAUGAAAUUUUCAUUACCGGGUUUAGCUAAGAUGACAGAAAAUUUACGAGAUGAAAAAAAGGGGAAAACAAAACACCAGAACAACUAG